AAUGGCGACUCCCAUGCAUAGACUGAUCGCUCGGCGACAAGCGGAAGCAAAUAAACAGCAUGUUCGUUGCCAGAAGUGUCUGGAAUAUGGACACUGGUCUUAUGAAUGUACUGGGAAGAGAAAAUAUCUUUACAGACCCUCCAGGACAGCGGAGAUGAAGAAAAAACUUAAAGACAAGGAGAACAAUCCUUCAGAAGAUCCUGGAUCUGGAGAAACACCACGCAGUGAGAAAAAAACGAAGAAAAAAAAUUCCUCCAGCAGCAGCGGCUCCUCCAGCGACUCUUCCUCAGACAGCAGCGACUCCUCCAGCUCCUCAUCCUCAGACAGCAGCAGUGACAGUGACGAUGACUCUUCGUCCUCUUCUUCCUCAUCUUCAUCCUCAUCUUCCUCCUCCAGCUCUGACUCGGACUCCUCCAGCAGCUCUGAUCAGGGCCCUCCCAAGAAGAGGAAAAAGAAGAAAUGAGGCUCCACUGCGUCUGAAUUGAGAACAUUCAUAUUGUGAGGAGGCGAGGAAAUUAUUUAUGUUUAGUCACGCCGUUUUGUUUAAUGUAAAAAAAAAAUCUUUCAGUCACUUUAAAGGGGUAGUUCAUCCAAAAAAUGAAAACUCUGUCAUUUACGCACUUGUUUUUAAACCUGUUUGAGUUUCUUUAUUCUGCUAGACACAAAAGAAGAUAUUUUGAAGAAUGUUGGAAACCGGUAACCAUUGACUUCAAUAGUAUUUGUUCACUCUAAACACAAAAGAAGAUAUUUUGAAGAAUGUCGGAAACCGGUAACCAUUGACUUCAAUAGUAUUUGUUCACUCCAAACACAAAAGAAGAUAUUUUGAAGAAUGUCGGAAACCGGUAACCAUUGACUUCAAUAGUAUUUGUUCACUCCAAACACAAAAGAAGAUAUUUUGAAGAAUGUCGGAAACCGGUAACCAUUGACUUCAAUAGUAUUUGUUUACUCCAAAUACAAAAGAAGAUAUUUCGAAGAAUGUUAGAAACUGGUAACCAUUGACUCAAAUAGUAUUUGUUCACUCUAAACACAA